AUGUCUGCGCCCGCCGAGCAACACCAUCCGAGCAGACCAUCAUCGAACGAGCACCAGGAGGGAAGAGAGAUGGACGAGGACCACCAGCCGCCGUCGCCGAGCUCGGGGCAGCCAGCACAGCUCGAGCCGGGCUACCUGAACGACCUUCCCUCGCUGACGCCCUCGAAGCCGCCGGCCCAGGCCUCGCUCCUCCCCCCCUCCCUCGUCUCCCUCUCCGAACCCGCCCCCCCUCGUAACCCCCGCAUGGCCAGGAAACGCAGCCUCUCCGCCCUCGUCGCCCUGCGCUAUCGCGGCGGGAAGGGCGACGCGGAGAUCGGCGACGAGGAGCGCGGGCUGCUGGCCCUCGACCUCGACACCUAUAUCAACUCGGGCGAGCCAGAGAUCCCGGAGACCCGGGCGCUGCCGCCGACGGCGCUGUUCCCCACCCUGUCGACCGGCAUGGCGCCCCCGGAGAAGCCGGGCCGCGGCCUCAUGGAGGCCCGCAAGACGACCAGCCCCGCCUCCCCCGCUCUCACCAUCGAGCUGCUCCCCGACGCCGCCCUCCUCCUGCCCACCCCCCGCGCCGAGUGGCCCUUCGGAGGCGGCACCGGCCCCGGCAAAACCUCCAGAGGGUUCAUCCCCGGCAGGCCGCUCAACCUCCUCUCUCCCACCACCCCCACGCCCACCUCCUCGUCCAUCUCCAGCCCCAACGGCCCCCUUGCUCUCGGCUCCGACCCCGCCUCUUGA